AUGCCCCUGCUAUGCACCUUAUACAUGAGAGGUGAAAAGAGUGCCUGCUCAGAGAGCCGCUGCUGGGCGAAAAUCCAGAAGGGGAGCAAAAGAGCAGCCCUCACUCCUCCCUCCCCUCCCGUGCGCAACGGUCGAGCGCUGUUUGAAACGGAAAGUGACCUGCCUCGCGGCAGCGGGCUGUUAACGGCUGGCGCGAAAUUCAGUAUCUGCAGAAACUUGUUCCCAAGGACGUUCCAUAUCCCUCUAUUAUUUGAUGAAGGGCAUUUGCUAGUUGUGGUAGUGUUGCGGAGGCAGUACAGUCGGGAGGGCUUACUGCAGAGAGAGACUCCAUCAGCUAUUCAGAAGAUAAAACAACUUCUUAAAGAUAAACCUGAGCAUGUAGGUGUGAAAGUAGGUGUUCGUACAAGAGGAUGCAAUGGACUUUCUUACACAUUAGAAUAUACAAAAUCAAAAGGAGACUCUGAUGAAGAAGUAGUUCAAGAUGGGGUUAGAGUGUUUAUUGAGAAGAAAGCACAGCUGACACUUCUAGGAACUGAAAUGGACUAUGUAGAAGACAAACUGUCCAGUGAAUUUGUCUUCAAUAAUCCAAACAUCAAAGGAACGUGUGGCUGUGGAGAAAGCUUUAACAUAUGAAAUCUCAGUACUAUGACUUUGAACACCACAAAACACUUAUCGAGCAUGUGGCUUUCAAAAGCAAAUGCGUUUUCUUCAGGUUCUUAGGCUGUGUAAGGUGUGGAUGCCUUUAAGGAAAAUAAAGUUAGUUCAUUUUGAAAAUGUAAAUUGUGUGUUAAAUUCCAGCACUGAUGUAUUUAUGCUGUAAUUUGUGAUGAAUUGGGAUCCAGAAGGUAAGAACAGUAAGUGCUGUAGCAUUUUUGUAUUUUCAUAUACAAAGGAAAUAAAAUCUCAUUGUUUUC